AUGUCCUUGUUUGACGGCCUUUUUGCCACGGAGGAGGAGCCACCAAAACCAAAAACCACAAUCGAGUACACACAGAAAAAUGGAGAGGUGAUCCUGGUGACGCUGGUGGGAUCGUCGCCGUUGUACGGCCAUAUCCUCACUAAUGCAUGUAAAUCGCUGGCCAGACAGCUGGAGAAUAACCCGCAGCUGGUGGUCGGACGCACGGUGCUCGAGUUUGGAGCGGGCGGAGCGCUACCGUCCCUGCUGUGCGCCAAAUUGGGUGCCAAGAAAGUUCUCGCCACAGACUAUCCAGACCCAGACCUCGUAUCGAACAUACAACAUAAUAUCGAACAAAAUAGAUUACAUAAUUGCAUAGCCAAGGGCUACAUAUGGGGGAACGGCGUCGAAGAAUUGAUGCAGGAACUUCCCGAAGGCCACGAAACGUUCGACGUGCUCCUGCUGAGUGACGUGAUCUUCAACCACACCGAACAAAGAAAACUCCUGCAGAGCUGCAAGCUGCUGGUGACGCCUCGGACGGGCCGUGUGCUCGUCCCAUUCUCACCGCAUCGGCCUAAACUGCUUGCCGCGGACCUCAAAUUCUUCGAGCUUGCCAAAGAGUACGGAUUCGAGGUCUUCGAAGAGGGAAUCGAGAUGUGGUCUCCGCUGUUUAAGGACGACCCGGACGAGACCACGGCCGAGCUACGCAGCCGCGUGUACAAGUACUCGAUGCGGCUGGCGCGAGGUGUGGACGAGAAAUAA